AGCUGCAUCUCCGGCUCCUCCAUGAGGGGGGUAGGAAGGGGCCGGGUCAGAGCGGGGAAGGAGGAAGAGAAGGCGGCGGAAACGGAGGAGAGCGGGGAGGCGGUGCAAGGCGCCCCUCUUUCCCCGCGGAAACCCGGGGCCGCGCGCCCAGAGUUCCGGUGUCGGGCAGGUUCCCCCCAAAGCAGCAAGGAGCAAGGGGUCGAAGCUGCUUUCAUGGAGGGGAAGGAGGAAGCCGCCGACUCCUGCUCUAAAGGUUCUGCUACUGCCAGCAGUCCCAGCCAAACCCAGGAGCUGUCUCCCACCGACCUCAGAGAAGCAAAGGAAACCCCUGGGGAUGACCCGGAUGACUCAGAAACCGUGAUGCUGCGUCUCCUCCCUUGCACCCCAGACCAAAUGAUUUCGGAUCUGGAUCCUGGCUUCUGCCCGCCAAAUAUGGGCAAUUCACUGAAGCACUCCACAACCCUGACAAAUCGGCAGCGGGGAAACGAGAUCUCAGCUCUGCCCGCCACGCUCGACUCUCUGUCCAUCCACCAAGUAGCUGCUCAGGGAGAACUGAACCAGUUGAAAGAAUAUCUUCGAAAAGGUGACAACUUGAUAAACAAACCGGACGAGCGCGGCUUCACCCCCCUGAUCUGGGCCUCCGCCUUUGGAGAGAUCGAGACGGUCCGCUACCUGCUGGAGCGGGGUGCCGACCCCCAUGUCUUGGCCAAGGAACGGGAGAGCGCCCUGUCGCUGGCUAGCACGGGCGGCUACACAGAUAUUGUGGUCAUGCUUCUGGAGCGGGAUGUCGACAUCAACAUCUAUGACUGGAAUGGGGGGACGCCUCUGCUGUAUGCCGUGCGGGGUAACCACGUGAAGUGUGUGGAAGCGUUACUGGCACGAGGGGCUGACUUGACGACCGAGGCGGAUUCAGGCUACACCCCAAUGGACCUCGCUGUGGCUCUGGGACACAAAAAAGUUCAACAGGUGAUCGAAAAUCACAUUCUCAAACUGUUCCAGAACAAGCUGCCUCCGGAGACGGCAUGAAGGUCACCCCCAACCUCUCCACGGCCUUAACCCUCUACGCUUUGGUUCACUACCUCUCACGGCAGGAGGCAGGCUGGCUGACUAGCUGGCCGGGAGCUCCGUUACUUUAGGGUGCUGGUUUCCAGGCAGGUCAGAGAAGAGCCCAAGACUCCAGAUUGGGUCUCUUGGCUCUGUCACCAGUACUAGAGGCUCCAUCCCUCGGGGACUGAGAGUCAAAGUCACCUCUCCGAGUGCAGAGUCUUGAGACUUGGAGGACCAGACUUCACUGCGACCAGAAAUAGGGCCCCUCCCUCCUUUCUCUUGUCCUCUCGGGAGCUCUGCAGCAGGGUGUGGACUGCCUUCAGUCAGAAGUGAGGUUCACCUGAAGGCCAAGUGGACAUCUUCUCUGGUCCUUGGCUAAGCAGUUCCCCCAGGCCUGGGAUCCAGUCUCUGCUGCUGGGCUUGGGAGGCAAGAGCCCUGCUAAUCUGCCAGGUUUAACACCGCUAGCUGAAUCCCUCCACCUUGUCUCCAGCUUCAGCCAGACACCCACUCGCCAGCUCCUGCUUCUUGGCCAACAGGGGCAGCGACAAAUAAAAUCAAACAUGCUCUUC